AUGAUUAGCUUGAAAAUUUCCCUUUCUAUUCUUCUAGUAGUAAUGACAAUCAAUAAUAUCCCAGUAAAGGCAGCUCCCCAAUUUGAUAUGUUCGGCGGUUACGACAUUCUGGGCGUUUGCAUCAACAACUGCGCCCAGUGCAAGAAGAUGUACGGCGCGUACUUCGAGGGUCAACUGUGCGCCGACUCGUGUCUCCGAUUCCGUGGCAAAAUCGUCCCCGACUGUGAGGACAUCGGUUCGAUUGCACCCUUUCUGAACAAGAUGGAACUUCACUAAGUGUUU